AUGGACAACCAGGCUGGGUACAUGGAGGCCUUGGGUUCAAACUGUAAUAAUGCAGGUUGGGAAGAUUUCAAACAAGGGGAAUACCAUACGGGGCAAACGGUGGCGGACAUGAUGAGAUGUAGACUUAUGAGUACUGCACUGUGGUUUGCGAACGAAUCAACACACACAGCACCGAAGGAUAUAGAGGACGAAAGGAUGAGGUGUGAAGUUGUAAACACCUUUGGGUACAUACUGAAACAUCUUUACUGUAAACCUCAUCCAGGAUGGAAGAGGGGUGUGGAGUACGCUUGGAAAACAUUCCAGAACAUGGGGGAUGAGAAAUUAGGAACGGGACUGCCACCUGGGCCUGUUACGGACAAGAGGUGCACACAAUGUGGUUACGAAGGUAGUUGGAGGCCACCCGGAAUAAUCAAUGGAGAAAUGGCCACAUGGUUACUUCUGCAAUGGAGAGUAAUGGAGAAAAUAACCCACAUGGAACGCACCAUGGACUGUACUAAAGAUUGGAAGACAUAUCAACUACAGCUACGGCAGGAUGGUACAAUUACAGCUAACGAUGAGGAGGGGAAGACAAAACUGGAGGCCGUAAAGGAGGAGGUAAAAAAGACAGCACAACAAAUAGUUAACCACAUGCAGGAAGAAGUGACGGACGUAUUAGUGACAGUAUCACGAUGUAGUAAUGGCCAGGAGGCAUGUGGAACAGAGUUAUUAAAGACAAUAAAGGUGUUAGAAGAGACCAUUAGGGAACGGGAAGAGGCGGGAACGAACGCGGAGGACUCGGUAGGGACACCACCAGGAUCCACAACAUCGGCACGAGGAUCGCAACCACAAGCACCGGCAUCUCCAGAGCAGGCACCAGCACCUCUACCAGCCAGUGAGGGCACAGGCUCACAGGGCGAAACAGUAGCAACGGGGGUAUCAGGUCCAACCGGAACACAGGGGGAUCCCGCAUCAGGGGCAGCUGCUGGACCAGCUCCAGAUAGUAAAGAACCACGACAACCGGGAUCGUCCGCGGUUGACGACUACAAGAGCACAUGUGAAAACACGGACUCCGGUCCACAGAGCACUACUGUCAUAUCCUCCGGUGCUGCAAGUGUUAGUAUUACGCCUGUUACUUACAAUUAUGGGGCGGCAGCACCAUGUAAAUUUCUGAAGGAACUCGCAGAACAGGCGGAAAGAGCAAAGUCCACCCCGAAAACUGUGGAGAACACAAAAAAUGAUAAACGAGAGCGUGCUCCCAGCGGGGAAACUAAUGUACAAGGUACUGGAACUACACAGAUCACGACAGGUAACGGUCAGGAGGAUUCACCGCCGGCACCCGCCCCCGCACCGGCACCAGCACCCCCAGCAAACCCAGCAGCACCAGCAGCGGCAGCACCGAAAGCAGAAGCAGAACCAGCACCAACAACCACAACAACAUCCUCCAGUGGACCAGCCGCGGUAUCCCCUGGUCCCAUUGGUCAACCAGGUGCAGCAGGUGAAAACGGUGCAACCGGUGCAGCCGGCAGCAGCGGUAAGGAUGACGUCAUCGAUGGCGGCAACGAUGACCCACCUCCUCUCAAUCCACCCAAACCAAAACCGAACCCGAACCCAAAUCAGACUGGCAGUAGCCCCAGCGGCACCGGCGGGGCCAGUCUAGCAGAUGGUACUGAACACGGUGGAGGAAGAGGUCAAGGAGGACCAGGAGGAGGUGGGGGAGGAAGUGGCAGUUCCUCAUCCUCCGCUUCAGACCCCUCCACUCCAGGUUCUACUGGUCACCAACCCCCUGGUUCCUCAAGACCAGGAUCCGACCCGUCCACGCAACCCAAUAACGCACAGGGUACGGGUUCUCAGCCUACAGAUUCAGAUGGUGGCUUUGGACUAUCCUUGGACCGUGCACCAGCCGUAGGUAGCAUAGGAGAAGGAUAUGCACCAGCGACUCCAACAGAAAAAACAUCGGGCACUGGGGGUAUGAACUCGCGUGGCGGUCCUGAUGCACCCGACCUGACCGGCGCGGUGCUCACCGCCACUACCCCAAUAAUGUUAUUCCUGUCCGCCGUCACCGUCGCCUUACUUGGUUAUUCCCUUUGGAAGUACUUGGCGUACCUCGCCAACCGACAACGAAAGUUUCGAACCGUUCGUGACGUGCCGUCACUGCCACUCGACGAAGAAAUAUUGCAACAUCUACAACGCGGCGAACUGCCGCCACCCGAUUACGGCUACACCAUGGUUAGGGAUAGGCAGCCCGGCAGAUUGCCCGCCGCACGACGACGACGCCCCCCACGCGUGCAUAAACGCACGAUUAUCGAACUACAUCUAGAAGUGCUCAACGAAUGUGAAGCAACCGAAUGCGAAAGCGUCAAAGACGACUAUUUGCAGAUUGUCGUGGACGCGUUUAUGCGGGGCAACAACACGUGUACAAGUAGCUCGAACGUCUGUACCCCCGACGACGGUUUAGCAACCCAGGACUCAACAACAAACGCCGAUUCACCAACGCGGGAUACACCCACUGACAUCGACGGACCGGGCCCUUGGUCACCGAAUGAAGACGACCCCGAUCCAUGGAGUUGUAUGGAAAACAUACAGUUAGCAACGGCCCCAUGUCCACCGCAUGAAGAUGACCCAUGGAGUUGUAUGGAAACUAUACCGUUAGCAACGGAUCGAUGUCCACCUAAUGCAGAUGACCCCCAUCCACGGAGUUGUGUGCUACACAUACAGUUCGAAACGGACCCUUGUGCACCGCAUGCACACGACCCCGAUCCAUGGAAGUGUAUGGAACCUAUAGAGUUAGCAACGCACACUUCUCCACCUCACGAAGAUAACCACGAUCCAUGGAGUUGCAUGGCAACCAUACAGUUAGCAACGGACCCAUGUACACCGAAUGAAGACGACCCCGAUCCAUGGAAUUGUAUGGAAACCAUACAGUUAGAACAGGAGCAAGCUCGUCCCCCUACUGGUCCCGGAGACGCAAAUCCGGACUGCCGUCACUGGAUUAACUGGAUUGACCGCAACAAAUAUAUGCUGCGGGAGUGCACGACGCAGCCGUGGUUUUUGCACUUAAAAGCGGAUUGGAAACAAUACCUGCGUGAGCACAUGGCGGCAGACGAAGACCACGGACAACGUGCAUUCGGUGAGGCAGCCACCUCGCCGAUGAAGAAACUGCGGUUGUGGAAACAAUGGGUCGAACAGCAACAUCGGCAAAUGAGUAUGUAUAAGGCGGAGUGGUUUCAACAUUUGUUAGAAAAUAUCGAGGAGGAGACCGUACCGGACAAAGGCGACGUACCUGGACUCGCAAAAGACUUAGACGUGGAAAAAGCACCGGCCGCAGAAGAUAUGCUACGAGUGAGAGCUUUACCAUGCACGCAACUGCAUCCGCAACCUUACAUGAAAACACCGUUAACCGCUAACAUAUGCAUACCGAUCCUGGCAUUAGUCAUAGAACAGUGCGCGGUUGAACGUCGUUUGCAGGAGACGGAGUUAUAUGUGGAUGCUCUAUUGCAACAGUGUUAA